AUGUCGGGCACGGCUGAGACGUACGGGAAGCGCGGCGUGCGCCUCCUGCAGCUGCGGCGCGACCCCCGCGGCCUCCACGCGGUGCGCGAGGCGCGCGCGCGGCUGCUGCUCAGCCUGGCGUCGAGCGAGGACUACGAGCGCGGGGACAACGCGGCCGUGGUGCCCACGGACACGCUCAAGAACACCGUGCACGCACUCGCGCUCGCCAACGGGAUCCGCUGUCUGGAGGAGUUCGCGAGCCAGCUGUGCGAGCACGUGCUGCGCACUCACGGCCGCGUGGAGCGCGUGCGCGCCUCGCUCACGGAGACGCCCUGGAGACGAAUGCACCUGGUAGAGCCUCCCCCCAUCCUCCUCCUCCUCCUCCUCAAUCCCAGCCAUGAGUGGAGAGAGCAGCUGUGUGAAGGAGGCGCUGUGUCUGUGUUGGCUGGUGCUGCUGCUGCACAGGACGGGAAGCCUCACAACCACGCGUUCGUGCUGAGCCCCGAGGUGGAGUUCUACUGCGAUGUAGAGGCCCAGCAACACGGGCCGCCGCUCGUCCGUUCGGGGCUGCGAGGGCUCCGCGUGCUGAAGACCACCCAGUCGGGCUUCGCGGGCUUCGCCCGGGAGGGCUUCACGUCACUCGAGGAGACACGCGACCGCUUCUUCUGCACCGAGAUGGAGGCCCGCUGGGCCUUCCAGCGCGGCCUCUCGCUCAGCGCCCGCGACUACGACGAGGCCAGGGAGCGUGUGCACGCGUGUCUGCUGGAAACCUUCGCCGGCCCCCCGGACACGGGGGUUUACUCCCCAUCCGUGCAGCACACCCUCUACCUGGCCGGGCAGUGCGUGCUGCGGAGCCUACCGCACGUGGAGGACAUUCGGAUCACCAUGUCGAACCUUCACUACACCCCCAUCGACCUGAGAAAGCUGGGCCUCAAAAACAAUGACCAGGCGAGUCUCACCACCAGGGUCAGAGAAGGCUCGAAUGCCAAGAGGCCCAUGAGCUGUCAAUAUUAUUUUAUGCGGAGAUCCAAACACUGGUCAAUGUAUUUCAUGAUUAAAUCUUUGCAGCGCUUUUGUUGUAUUAAUUUGCGGUCGUCAUCACCGUCAUAUCUUCUGCAGGUGUUUCUGCCUACAAGCAGCCCUGCCGGGCUCAUCUCGGCCACGGUUUGUCGACAGUCCACGGCAAAACUCUGAACAUCACAGUGAACUGGAAAUGAGUCUGCACGCGUCCCCCGCGUGCCAGAAACAGUUACGCCAGCUGGGUUCUCCGAAUCUUCUACCAAAGCCUUGCACACUUCGGAAAUGACCGAGCUGCUCCCACUGGUCCCAUGCUGCCCGACACAAACGGGGCAUCGAAGCAACACGUCCCAGCAUGUGAUAAAGAACUGUGCCGCAUCCUUUCUCAAAGCCAGCAGCCAUGGCCUGCCUUCCAUUUAGCUCUCCCUAUAAUAUUUUCACUCUAGCGCUGUCCUCCAGACAGUCUC